AUGCCACGCUCUGUACCCUCUAAUUUGACCUCCUUUGCCCAGGAAGGCGGUCAAGCUCCGAGCGAAGAUGGUCGCCAACGGUCUCUCUCCCGAACGGCUCCUCCCUCCCCGUCCGCGGUCAGACAACAUAGCUAUCUCUCGGAAGCACAUACCGGUUAUCAGUCUUUACAACCACCCUUGGAGAUUGGCGAAACAACCAGCCUGCUAGGGAAAGAUCGAGGAAACAGAGGUGUACAACGGUCAUAUACCAAUCUUUCUACCGGCUCCGAUACCAACUUUCGACAUAACUUGUUGGCUGGGAGCAUCCGCCGAUCACGCCAUCAUAGCCGUGCUAACUCCCAAGCCUUGCGAGUCAGCCGACGCGGAAGUAUAGGUGCGGACCAAGCUGAGAACCUUGCUGCAUCGGCCAAAGAUGGCCUGAACGCUUCAUUUAUGGAUGAUCGAACUUGGUAUGAUCAAUUUACCUCUACCGACUGGGUACAUGAUAGUAUUGCAGAUGGUGAGCGCCUUCGACAGUUGCGGGCGCGGAGAGACCUCCGGGGUCGACUCCUAGCAUGGUUCGAUGGUGCUCAGGGCUGGGUUCUCGUCGCGCUAAUCGGCUGUAUCACGGCGCGAUCGCCUAUUUCGUGGACGUAA